AUGCUCCGCCCGUCCAGAAGCGAGGCGCGCAAGAAGGGCUUCAAGAAGGUCAUCGACGCCGAUGAGGCCCGUCGCAAGCGCGAGGAGGGCAUGAUCCAGAUCCGCAAGGACAAGCGCGAGGAGGCCUUCCUGAAGAAGCGCAGGGAUGGCGCCGCGACCCAGGGCGAUUCGACCUCGUCCGCCGCCACAAACAACGUCGCCAAGCUGGAGAGCCUGCCCCAGAUGGUCGAGGGCGUCAAGUCCAACGAUCCCAGGAUCCAGGUCGAGGCCACCACCUCCUUCCGCAAGCUCCUCUCCAUCGAGCGCGCGCCCCCCAUCCAGGAGGUCAUCGAGGCUGGCGUGGUGCCCUACUUUGUCGAGUUUCUCAAGUGCGAGGCGUUCCCCCAGCUCCAGUUCGAGGCUGCGUGGGCGCUCACCAACAUCGCGUCCGGAACCUCCGAGAACACCGGCGUCGUCAUCGAUUCCGGCGCGGUCCCCAUCUUCGUCCAGCUCCUCCGAUCGCCCUCCGACGACGUCCGCGAGCAGGCGGUGUGGGCCCUCGGCAACAUCGCGGGCGACUCCCCCAAGUGCCGCGAUCUCGUGCUCGCGCAGAACGCGCUUCACCCGCUCCUGGAGCAGCUCAACGAGCACUCCAAGCUCACCAUGCUCCGCAACGCCACGUGGACCCUCUCCAACUUUUGCCGCGGCAAGCCGCAGCCCCAGUUUGAGCUCCUCCGCGACGCGCUCCCCGCGCUCGCGAGGCUGGUGCACUCCAACGACGAGGAGGUGCUGACGGAUGCGUGCUGGGCGCUGAGCUACCUCAGCGACGGCACCAACGACAAGAUCCAGGCGGUGAUCGAGGCGGGCGUCUGCCGCAGGCUGGUGGAGCUUCUCGGCAGCAAGUGCCCGUCGGUGCUCAUCCCGGCUUUGAGGACCGUGGGCAACAUCGUCACCGGCGACGACUACCAGACGCAGAUUGUCAUCAACUGCCGAGCGCUCCCGUCGCUCCUCGCGCUGCUCACCGCGGAUCACAAGAAGAGCAUCAAGAAGGAGGCGUGCUGGACCAUCUCCAACAUCACCGCGGGUAACAAGGACCAGAUCCAGGCCAUCGUCGAGAACAACAUCGUCCCGCCGCUCGUGUACCUGCUCGCGCACGCCGAGUUUGACAUCAAGAAGGAGGCGGCGUGGGCCAUCUCCAACGCGACGUCGGGCGGCACGCACCAGCAGAUCAAGUACCUGGUGGAGCAGGGGUGCAUCAAGCCGCUGUGCGACCUGAUCGUCUGCUCGGACGCUCGGAUCGUGACCGUGGCGCUGGAGGGCUUGGAGAACAUCCUCAAGGUUGGCGAGGUUGACCGCAUGGACGGCCAGCCCAACCAGUACGCGCAGUUCAUCGACGAGGCGGAGGGCCUGGAGAAGAUUGAGAACCUCCAGAACCACAACAACAACGAGAUCUACGAGAAGGCGAUGAAGAUCCUGGAGGAGUACUUCGGCUUGGAGGACGAAGACGACCAGAACCUGGCGCCGGGGAUGGACGCGGCCGGGAACCAGUUCGCGUUCGAGCAGCCCAUGAUGCCCCAGGGAGGGUUCAACUUUGGCGGCAUGGGUCAGUAACACUCGGAAGAUCCACGCGCCGACGCAGACGAUAUUUUUGACAUUUUGACGGGUCCCGCCUCGGACGGGGGACAGGAUAGCGAUGACUCGGUCGCGCCUCGCGUAGGCAACCUGGCGCGACCACCCUUAGCUGACUUAACAACUCACAUUCUGAUAGCUGUUGCAGAUUAGGACACUGUGCAUGUUGUAAACGACGGGAAGCAAAUCAGUUUUUG